GCAACCUCUAUCCACAACCACAACCAAAACGGAAAUUAUAUAUACUCUUUCAAUAUCACUCAUCAAGUACCUUUAAUAUGACUUCUAUCAUGGCCAGCAUCUUUGCCUGUUUGCUUCUCUUUAUCUUCUUUCUAUUAUGGAAGAGCAUAGCCCAAAAGACUGCACCUCAAAGCACACUUCCACCAGAAGUUGGUGGUGCAUUGCCCAUUAUCGGCCACCUCCACCUAUUAGCAAAGCCAAAACCUGCUCAUAUAAUCCUGGGUUAUAUGGCUGACAAGUAUGGACCAAUCUUUACCAUCAAGUUGGGCAUGCAUAAAGCUAUAGUGGUUAGCAAUUCAGAGAUAGCGAAAGAGUGUUUUACUACCAAAGACAAAGUCUUUGCCAACCGCCCAAAAGCUAUGGCAACAGAACUCAUGGGCUAUAACUAUGCCUUAUUCGGUUUGAGCCCUUAUGGUCCCUAUUGGCGUGAAGUUCGAAGAAUAGUCACUCUUGAAUUCCUUUCAAAUCAACGCGUUGAGAUGUUCAAGCACAUCGGAGAGUCAGAGGUAAACACAGCUAUAAAAGAAACAUAUAAACUCCUGGUUAAUGACAACAAGCUCAUUUUGGUGGAGAUGAAUGGCUGGUUUGGCAAGAUCAUGCUAAACACUGUGUUUAGGAUGGUUGUAGGGAAGCGAUUUGCUUGGGCUGCCACCGAGGAUGAGGAUACAGGAAAUGAUCUUCAGUACCAAAAGGUAUUGAAAGAUAGUUUCAUUUUGUUUGGAAAGUUUGUUGUGUCAGAUGCCUUACCAUAUCUAAGGUGGUUGGACUUGGGUGGGGACGGAAGGGCCAUGAAGAAAAUUGCAAGAGAAAUCGAUCAUGUGCUUAAAGGUUUGCUAGAAGAACAUAAACAGAGAAAUCUCUCGAGUGAGGUGAAGAAUGGACCCCAGGACUUUAUGGAUGUGAUGCUAUCCUUUGUCAAAGAUAACACAGAAAUUACAAAUUUUGAUGCUGAUACAAUCACCAAAGCUACUUGCCUGAACCUUAUCUUAGGGGGCUCAGAUACAACAGCUGUGACUAUGACAUGGGCUCUCUCUCUACUUCUUAACAAUCGAGAGGCUCUAAAGAAAGUCCAACAAGAACUAGACCUCCAAGUUGGCAAGGAAAGGCAAGUGAAGGAUUCAGACAUACCAAACCUAGCCUAUCUCCAAGCUGUCAUCAAAGAAACAAUGCGCUUAUACCCUGCUGGCCCACUUUCUGUGCCACACGAGUCUAGUGAAGAUUGUACUUUGGCUGGUUACCAUGUCCCAGCAGGCACACGUCUUCUUGUUAAUCUAUCAAAGAUCCAUCGAGACCCACAGGUGUGGCAAGAUCCAACAGAGUUUCGUCCAGAAAGAUUCCUUACUACCCAUAAAAAUUUCAAUAUUAGGGGUCAGAAUUUUGAAUUGAUACCAUUUGGUAGUGGUAGAAGAAUUUGCCCUGGAAUCUCGCUUGGGUUACAACUGGUUCAACUCACCCUUGCUUCCUUCUUACAUGCUUUUGACAUUUCAACUCCAUCAGCUGAACCAAUAGACAUGGUUGAGAAACCUGGAAUUGCCUCCAUUAAAGCAACACCACUUGAAAUCCAUCUCACUCCACGCCUUCUUGAACAAGUAUAUCAUGUAUAGUACUUCCACAACGUUCGGAGAGAGGCCUAAAGCCAAAUCCCAAGUAUCAGGGAUGAGGUUGGACAUGAAGAUCUCGUAUGAAUGCGGCAUGGACUAGGUCAUUACGUGAAGAUCUCGUAUGCUUGCUUUGUGGAUUGGGUCGUUGGCAGUUAGAGUGAUGUUUAUUUUUCUGCAUGUUUAUUCUGUUAGUAAGUGUGUUAUGCUUUCUGUUACUAUGUGUUCUUGUACGUGUGUUGUGUUUCAAUUACUAGUUAUUAGUAGUUUCAUGUUGUCUUUUAUUUUGACAUUCUUGUACAUGGUCUUGCUUAUUUAAGCAGCCAAGAAUUAUCAAUGAAAAGGCAAAAAGCAAGUUAUCCAAA